AGGCAUUGGAAUCGGAAAGAGGAGAGAAAAGAGUAGAGAUGGCUCGCAGCAUCUCAUAUGUGACAGGGUCGCAGCUUCUCUCUCUAAAACGCCAACCAACCAUCGCCAUCGUCGAUGUCAGAGACGACGAGAGGAGUCACGAUGGUCACAUAUCCGGUUCUCUUCAUUACGCAAGCGACGGUUUCUCUCAAAACAUCUCUAAGCUCCUUCAAGAUGUUAAAGGCAAAGACACACUCGUUUUUCACUGCGCUCUAAGUCAGGUUCGAGGCCCAAGUUGUGCUAGGAAGCUUGCUAAUUUUCUUGAAGAGAGCAAGGAAGAUGUUGGGAUAAAGAACAUCAUGGUCUUAGAACGUGGAUUCAAUGGGUGGGAAGCUUCUGGUAGACCUGUUUGCCGCUGCAAAAAUGUUCCUUGCAAGGAGCAUGAGAAUGCUUAAUCAAAGACGUCUUUGUGGUUGAGAUGGAAUUAUGGAAGUCUGUCGUCUUUCCUGUGUUAUCUAUCUGCAAACAUUUGUAUACUAUUAUAAUUACAUCAUUGUAUAAAUCAUAGGUAAGCUGAAUACCUAGUUUCUAUUUUCUCCACCACUUUAUGAUGUAAGAAAUCCUUGAAUGGAGAUUGACAAGAAUAACAAAAUUACUUGCUCAAUUUCUUUCUGAA